GACUUGCACUUCGCUUGACCUCAGCGACGACUGCUCUCGCACCCACCCCGACCAUCCACCACCCAGCGACGUCAAGAUGGUCAACCUCCGCACCCAGAAGCGCCUGGCGGCCUCCGUCACUGGUGCCGGAAAGCGCAAGAUCUGGCUCGACCCAAAUGAGGUCAACGAGAUCUCCAACGCCAACUCCCGUCAGACGAUCCGCAAGCUGCUCGCAGAUGGCCUCAUCAUCCGCAAGCCAGUGACCAUGCACUCGCGUGCCCGCGCCCGAGAGCUCACCGCUGCCCGCCGAAUUGGACGUCACCGUGGUUUCGGUAAGAGGAAGGGUACUGCCGACGCUCGUAUGCCAACCCAAGUCAUGUGGAUGCGCCGUCUUCGUGUCCUCCGCCGUCUGUUGGUCAAGUACCGUGCCGCCGGCAAGAUCGACAAGCACCUUUACCACGAGCUCUACCACUUGAGCAAGGGUAACACCUUCAAGCACAAGCGUGCUCUUGUCGAGCAUAUUCACAAGGCCAAGGCCGAGAAGCAGCGUGAGGAGAAGCUCAAGGCAGAGAUGGACGCCAAGCGUGCGAAGACCAAGGCUGCCCGCGAGCGGAGACAAGAGCGCAUCACUGCCAAGCGCAACGCACUUGCUGGCGAGGACGAGGAGCCUGCCGCUCAAUAGACGCAUACCCAGCAGAGUCUUUAUCGAAUGUCACGAAGCAUGCCACAGAUCAUCAGAAGAGGGUCACCAAGGACGGGCAACAUGGGUACGCCCUAGGCCAAACUAUGAGUGGUAUCAUCAUGGGGUUAUUCGGGCGUGCUGUUACUUGCUGUGGAUGGUGCUUGGGCGCUUUACGUGUCGCGUCGAGGGUAUGAUGCGUGUACUUGAGGCGGUACAAUUUGAAAGCCUUGAAAAGAAGUUCACGAUUCCAGAUCCUCAUGCUCAUGUUUUCCCAUUUUAUGCUCUCAAUGCGAUACUGAUUGGCGUCAACAGCGAUCGCGCACUGUCCCUCGCGAAUGACACCCGUACCCAAGCCAAUUCGUGCUCAAAUUCACAGAUUUUUAACAUGGCUUAGAUCUCAACAGUACGCGACAUGCUUAAUGACAUUACAUACCUGCUUCGACCACUGAAUCGCACGAUUGAACUUCCACUUACCGACAUAUACAUCUCUCAGCCAAUUCACAUCACCAGAUCCGCCGCAUAUCACCAUUUCAUGUGUCAGUUGAGGAGUGGUCGAGUGGCGCCCAGACCGACU